UGAUUUAUAUUAAUUUUCACAAGAAUUACCACUUCGUGGCAAAAUAUCCACCUUGACCAACAGGUUUUUCCCUAAAAAUGUAAUUUUUAGCUAAGUGUUCUUGGUCACCAAGGAGACAUUAAUGUGAGUAAAUAGCAUGAUUGAGAUAAAACAUGAGACAUGUGAUGUGAGACGAAAACCAAAGAAAUCAUGUCCCACUAUAAAUCUACAUGGCUUCUGUUAUCUGGCAUCGGGAAUGCAGUUCAGAGGACAGUUUGUGUAUCAGUGUCAUGGAAACACACCAACACAGGUGUGUCAUUUGCAACAGCGUCUUCAUAUUGUGUGUCCUCAUGUUCUUAUCCUUUUAACUCUAUAUUAUGAUAAGAGCCGAUGAUGAUGUCGUGGACAGUCUCAAAUGAAAAACAAAGUCUGCAGAUACCAGAGGACCCAUCCAACGUACAGAUCCUCCAACCACCUGCUCCUCAGCCUACCACUAUUUUCCAGCAGUUCUCAGCAGCAGUGGCGUCACCUUUUGCCCCUGUGCGUCCAGGACACAUUAGAGGGGACCUUGUGGAACUGAUGAUGAUACAGAAUGCACAGAUGCAUCAAAUCAUCAUGAAUAGUAUGAGCAUGUCUGCACUCAACACCUUCAACUAUACACACACACCAGAGCAGAAUGCAAGAAUCAAUAUGGUUUUAGAGGAAGAACCUGACAUUUACCACCAUUAUUACCCACCUGGGCCUGGCUUCUGUUACCCAGGUUGCGUGCCUUUACCCCAGCAACUGAUCCAGGCCCCACCUCCUGUUCUCCAGAACAUCCAGGAACCACCACGACAUGCACAGCCAGUUCACACAAAAUGCAGGUUAGACAGAUACAAAUUACUAUUUAAAAUAACAUUAAAACAUCUGGGUGAAUAUAUAAAAAAACGCUGAGAAAUGUCUGGGUCAUA